AUCUUCUAACCUUCUUGUUUCACUUUCUAUUUAUCUAACGUCUAAUAGGUGUGUACAGAUCAAAGGGCAAACACAAUGUCUGUAACUAGAUGAGCGCAGGUCAGCAGAGGAAAGUUUAAGGAUGCCGAAGGGGCACGUGGUCGGCAUCUUCUCAAGAGAAGGAAAGGACUCAUAUGCUUGGCUGAUAGCUCUGCUACUGUCAUCGCAUUUCAGGGGACGUGUGAAAGAUGUUCAACCGGUUUAUAUCUCAAAUAACUUUGACUAUUUGAGCCACAUUUCCAAGUGCACAUUUGCCAUCUUGUACCACUCAAAGAGAAGAGGACGACUCAAUGUAACGGAUGUGCUGGAUUCUCUAUAUGACAGAGAGCUGGAAGAGCUAUCCUCUUAUUUAGGGAGAAAUAAUGUUAUUGUGGUGAUGGAUGAUGUAGAUGACAGCAGCGAGGAGGAAAAGAAGAGGAUUCUACAGCAGCAGACCAGCAUUAGUAAGAAAGCACAAGCCUUGUUCAUCUUUAGUGAAGAGGAGAAGAAGUCCUGCAUCAAGAGUGGUUCAGACCCACAAUGGAGGGACACCCCCACCUCACCCUUGUUGGAAGCAGAAUAUGAGUCCAUGAAAGAAAAGAGGAAACAGCUUAAAGACGUAAUUUCUACAUCUUCAGUCUAUGGUCCUGAUCCUGAACCUGAUCCUGAACCUGAUCCUGAACCUUAUCCUGAACCUAAACCUGAUCCUGAACCUUAUCCUGAACCUACACCUGAUCCGGAUCCUGAACGGAAAAGAAAAAAGAAAGAUGGAUGCCCUCUCCAGCACAAGAUUCUGUUUGGGGUUUUAGGAGCCAUUAUAUUAGUUUUGCUCAUUACUCUAAUUGUAUUGGCCUGCAAAAUUUAAUCUUCUGUACCAAUAAAAGUCACACCUACGGUAAUCUACUAAAUGCAGUAAUACAACAGUUUAUGGGAACACCAUGGAAAAACCUGUUCUGCAUCAUCUGGGAAUUGUGUAGUCAAUGAUUUUUUGUCAUAUUCACUACUUAAAGGGACAGUAUACACCAAUUUUCAUAUAACUGCAUGUAAUAGGCACUACUAUACAGAAUAAUGUGCACAUUUACUGAUAUAAAACUCCAGUAUUAAAUGUUUAAAAACUUACUUAAAGGAACAGUAUACACCAAUUUUAUAUAACUGCAUGUAAUAGACACUACUAUACAGAAUAAUGUGCACAGAUACUGAUAUAAAAAUUCAGUAUAAACCGUUUAAAAACGUUCUUAAAAGCUCCUAGUUUAGCACUGUUGAAAGGGUUAGGCUGGAGCACCCACUGAAAGGGGUUCUAUAGUUAAGAAAGCAGACACUUCCCCCUCCCCCUUACUCUGCAUAUGAAAAGACUCUUUACACAAACAGGAGCAAGCUGGAGUAGGUAUACAUCAGUAUUCUCCGAAAACUUUAGGGCUUGGUUAGGAGACUGAAAAUCAGUCUUUUUAAAAAUAAACAACACUAUACAUUUAAAAAAAAAUAUAUAUAUAUAUAGUAUAGUCAGGCUAUAUAAAUACGUCAUCUACAAAACAUUUAUGAACAGAAAAAUCUAGUGUAUAAAGCCCCUUUGAGGUCCAGCUUGAUAUUCCUUAGGUCUAUGGUCAUUAGUACACGGAUAAUAAAUUGUGGUGAUGGAAAAAGGACAUUGAACAAAGUUAAAAUAUAAAGCUGCAAACUUAUUGUAAUGUGACUCUAAAUCUUCUAAAUGUUCAAAAUCAACAAAAAGGAAAUUUGAAUUAAUUGUGUAAAUAAUGCUGCCUAUGUCUAGCAAUAACUGUCAUGUGUAAAUAAAUAGAUUACGUUGUUGAUUA